CUGCGGGGCGGCGCGCCGCGCGCGGCCCAGGAGCGGAAGGUCGCAGGAGGCGCGCGCCGCGCGGCGGAUACGACGUGUCGGCAGCGAGCCGCCGCCUGACUCACGCGGCCGGGGGGUGCUCGCCGGCCGUACUGCUGCCGGGCGGCGCCGCGCACAGAAGCGCUGCAGACGCCGCGGCGAGCGCUCGUGUCGUGACAAACUGACAAUCAAAACGAUAUUUUUCGCGAAUUUUCCACCGCCUUGGAAAAACUCUAAAAUAUUUCUUUCAAUUUUAAAAUCUUCAGCCUAAGACUUAGGCCUAAUUUUAUGUAGACAAAAUAGUUAUUAUCUAGGGGUAGGAAGUGAAACAAAACUUUGUGUGAAUUAAAUGAAAACAUUAGCAUUAAGAAUAAAUAACAGCACGACCUAAGUAAAUUGUGAUAACAUAAAUGAUAAGACAAGAUGUACAAUAAGAGGAGAGUAAUGUAAAGUCGCUGCGCUACCAGCGAGCAAGCAGAGCGAUGCAAGCAAUGAGUGCCAACGCGAGCGCGCCGCGUGCGCCGCAGCGGUCGCCGUUCGCGAUCCAGGAGCUGCUGGGGCUGUCGGACAGCCGCGAGUCCCGCGAGCGAUACUUCGAGAGCCGCGACGGAGACCGCGUCCUCAACCUGUCGGAGAGCCGCGAGCCGCGCGCUGCGUACGCGCCGCAGUUCCCGCUGCCCGCGUCCAUGGCCAGCCGCGUGGCGUACGCCGCCGCCUUCAACGCGCAGGCUGCAGUGGCCGCCGCCUUCCUGCCAGGCCCGCCACUAUUACACCCCCCGCCUGGGUUCCCGCAAAUCAAGUCGCCGUACAGCCCCGGCUCGCAGCCCCAUCUCACCGCGGUCCGACAGUUUUAUUCAGGAGUGUCGUCGUUGGAGGCGGCGAAAGACUUCACAGUCGACGGUCUCACCGGGUACAACGGCAAGAAAAAGAAGAAAAAACGUAGACACAGCCGCACAAUCUUCACAUCGUACCAGCUGGACGAGCUGGAGAAGGCGUUCAAGGACGCGCACUACCCCGACGUGUACGCGCGCGAGAUGCUCUCCCUCAAGACUGACCUGCCCGAGGACAGGAUCCAGGUCUGGUUCCAAAACCGUCGAGCGAAAUGGCGUAAAACGGAGAAGUGUUGGGGCAGGUCGACGAUAAUGGCGGAGUACGGGCUGUACGGGGCCAUGGUGCGCCACUCGCUGCCGCUGCCCGAGACCAUCCUGAACAGCGCCAAGGAGAACGACGCCGUCGCGCCCUGGCUACUCGGUGAGUUCGGCAUGCACCGCAAGUCCAUCGAGGCGGCGCGCCACCUCAAGGAGUCGGGGUCAGAGCGCGAGGGCUCCGAGGCAGAGCCCGAGCGGCCCACCUCCGCCUCCUCGCACCACCACGACAACCACGACGCACAGGUGAGGAUUGAGGCACAGAGUUCCCCGGCGAGUUCCACAACGGCGUCAUCGUCAGCGAAGGGUCGCGCGUCUCCGGAGCCCGGGCGGGAGAUGUACGAGGACGCGGAGGCGUUCCGCAACAACAGCAUCGCCUGCCUGCGCGCCAAGGCACAGGAGCACCAGGCCCGGAUACUCAACCACAACAUGCUACUGCAGUUUAUGUUUUCGCACCAGGUGCGAGGCGUGGCCCGCGCCGGCAGCGCGGAGGAGGAGGGCCCGGCCGACAUCGACGUGGGCACGGAGGCGCCGCCGCCCGCGCACCACCACCUCGCGCACCUCUACUGACCGCGCGACCCCUCCGCGCGCAGGGAACACUCGCCAACCAACUAACGAGCACCUACAACUAACGCUGUACCUUCUGAAGUUAAACCUAACUUGAAACAAGCAAGAAUUCUUGCAUCGUCAUCAAACAAAGAAGUCCUUUUUGGAAGUCCUUUGGCUUAGAAAGAAAUCACUGAAUAUUUUGAGUUGUGUUGUAUUCACCUGGGUCUUAAACAGAACAUCACCUUCUACAAAAAGGAGGCUUGUCGUGUUCUUGUUACCUGGUGUGCAGAGUGUACCUCCUGCAGUGCAGGGUUGGCCAGUGCGCUGUGACACCGCGCGUGUCCUGUAAGUAUGUACAUUAGUAGCCCCGUCUCGUGCAAUACCUUAGUUAAGUAUUUAUCUGUGUAGCCCGACUUGCAAUGUAUAAAGUUCCCCCGCUUAGAUUUAAUGUGUGACGCGAGUUGCCGAACUGACUAAUGGCUGAUAAAUAAUAGUAUGACUACAACAUAAACCCAUGUUUAUGUGAAAUUAUUAAUGUUUAAGCCGGAUCGUCUUAUCGUCGUACAUACAUUAACACGUAUGAAUAGUUGCAAAGCUGUAGAAUUCGGCUUAAACUAAACUGAAGAGAACCAUUUCAUAACCUAUUGUUGUACUUACCAAUUAAAGAAGUACUUAACUAAUUAUAAGAGCCAGUCCGACGACUCGUGCCACCUCGUAUAAUGUUGUAUAAUGACUCCUUAAUAUUACUUAGACAUAUUUGUGGCCAGUGUAGUGUAACUUUAUCGGAGGCAUUCGAGGCAAGGAAAAGACUAUGUAAAUCGAACUAGCUGUAUAAAUGUACUAAUAUCGUGUUGUAAGUUGAAACCGGCGUUACUUUCAUCGGCUAUGAUAUCUGUUAGUGCGAGUAGAGAAAUAAUCUUUUUAAUUUAUUUAUUUGUGAACAGAGCUGUGUGUCUUGUUCACUAUGAUAGAAACCGCGGCUUCUUGAAACCAGAUCUUUGUAAAUAACAAUAUUGUUGGAUUGUGCCUCGCUUUUCCUGAGUUCUAAAUUAAAUUAUUUUAAUAUCAUUACCGUAUUCUCAUCCCAUGAAGAUGUGCGCAACACACAGCUCUGUAGAUACCUUCCUUUGUAAUUAUAAAUUGACUACUUACAACGAAGUGAGCCCCUGCGUCACUAUUGUCAUAGGUUUACAUGACACGAGUGUUAUCUUACUGUUCGUCAAAAUAAUUGGCUUUAAUACUGAGAAACGUAGCCUACUACACUAAGUGUACCUUUACGCACUCAAAUAGGUACUUAACUACCUAGGUAUUUAGGUAGAAUUUGUUAAAAAGCAAAUACUACCUGCCCUAUGUAUUGUAUGUGCCUGCUGAGUAUCUAAGUAUGCUUGUAUGUGGCUCGUUAAUAAAUCGAAUGAACAUCGAAGACAUUCCAAUGAAGACUAUAUUUUCUUAAUGCUAUAAAUAUGUAUUUUUCUUUAAAAGCGUGUUCUAAUCAAUUAUUGUAUUUAUCAAGUUUAUUAGCAAUUUAAAAGUGACUUUCUGUUGUAUAAAAUACUUCAAUUAGCUACGAACACUACGAAUAAACCAUUAUGUAUUCAGCGCCUGUACAAAAAUACAGAGCAAACGAUAUUGAGGAACACGCGUGCUAUUACUAUUCAACCAGGCUAUCGACUUAUAAAUUACAAUAAAUUGUUAAUUGUAGAUAUUUUUGUGGAAAUUCUCAUUUUUAAAUAACAUUAAAAUGUUGCUUCUGAUUAAAGAAAAAUGCUAUCGAAGGACCAAUUUGACAUGCAAUUUUAGACCAAGUCUCGUAUAAACUGGCGGCUUUAUGCCAUAAAGUUCAUUAUUGCUUAUUUCACUUGCAUAAUAAUGUAUUUAUCAAAAAAGCAUUAUAUUACAUAGUUGUAUGUUAAAUUGGUCUGUAUAGGCAGUGCGAGCGUCAUAUUGACGUGGCGUAACGACUUGUAUAGUUCGAGAGAAAGCUCGGAAGGCCUCACAUCUAUGAAACAUAAGUUAAUGAAUAAAGUAGCAACUAUCGUUGGUACCGUACUACGCAUAGAGUUGUAAUAUAUUUAUUGAAAUUAAACAAAUCUAAAGUAAUGUGAAACGUCAUCGUAAUUACAAGUUAUUCCGAUGAAUAAACAACAUGUAUAAAUUA